GCAAGAACAUUUCCCAUUGGCAAACGACAGAACAGCUUAGCAGUGCCUCAAUUCCACACCUCGUGACCUGGUACUGCUAUAUAUGUAUGCGCCCAUGUGUGCCGUGCACCAUUGCACACAAACGCCAAGGUCGAGCAAUGUCGUCGCCGUCGUACUCGUCGUACCUCGGGAGGCCGGCCUACUGCGCCAUGGCCCUCGUCCUCCUCCUCACCCUGCUCUGCAUCACCUUCCCCGCCUACCUGCGCAACCCGGUCAGCGUCGCCAGCUGCUUCACGGGAGCCGACGUCCGUGCCGCCGCCGCCCAACCAGCGGCGUCAGCGUCGGCGGCGUUGGUGGCGGACGACGGGGGCCGCCGCCCGGACCAGCUCAGCAUCCUGGUCGGCGUGCACACGAUGCCCAAGAAGCACUCCCGGCGGCACCUGAUCCGGAUGGCGUACGCGGUGCAGCAGACGGCGGCCCUCCGCGGCGCCGCGCGCGUGGACGUCCGGUUCGCGCUCUGCGCGCGGCCGAUGCCGGCCGAGCACGGCGCGUUCGUGGCGCUGGAGCGCCGCGCCUACGGCGACGUGCUGCUCUUCAACUGCACCGAGAACGCCGAGGACGGCAAGACGUACACCUACUUCGCGGACCUGCCGGCCAUGCUCGGCGCCGCCGGGGGCGAGGGACGCCCGCGGCCGUACGACUACGUGAUGAAGGUGGACGACGACACGUACCUCCGGCUGGACGCGCUGGUGAAGACGCUGCGGCGGGCGCCGCGGGAGGACAUGUACUACGGCGUGGGCCUGCCGUUCAUGGACCGAAAGUCGCCGCCGUUCAUGCUUGGCAUGGGGGACGCGCUCUCCUGGGACCUCGUCCAGUGGAUCGCCACCUCCGACAUGGUCAGGAGGAAGGCCAAAGGCGUGGAGGAUGUGACCACGGGGAACUGGCUGAACGAGGGGGGCAAGGCCAAGAACAGGGUGAACAUCUUCCCCAGGAUGUACGACUACAAGAGCGCCGAGGCCAAGGAUUUCCUGGAGGACACCAUCGGCGUGCACCAGCUCAAGGAGGACAUCAGGUGGGCGCACACGCUGGCGCACUUCAACGCCACCUACGGCGACCUCCGGCCUUCCAGAGAGGGGAGCUCAUAGAUUCAUACCGUAUGUGGAAGACCAGUAAAUUUGCAGUCAAACUGCCUCACUGAAGGGCAGCCUGCCUAGAAAUCCAGCAGUUUCACAUGCAUAUCAUACAUUUGGCAUUAAUUAAACACUGAAUUCCAGAGUUUCCAAACAGGGCCUGAAUGUUGCAUUAUUUUCCACUUAUAAGAGCAUCAUUUCUCUGCA